CAGCUUCUCUCUGCGACAAUGCCUGGAGAGAUAUUCAACCCCAACCCCACAGUCUUUCGCACCUCUGGAAAACCUUCGUCGGAUCAGUAUACCACCGAUCCGAACUCCUUGUGGUUGGAAGAAGACGAUGGCCGACAUAACGGUAUCGUGUUCGACGACGAUGAAGUCGAUCCGAUAGACAGGGACGAAAUAUUCGACCUCAUACGGUAUAUAAAAGACCCUGAGCAUCCUGGAGUGAAUCUCGAGGAGCUCCGCGUUGUAUCUGCACCUCAAUGUCGAAUUGCUGGUAAUUUUGUUACCAUAGAAUUCACUCCAACAGUUCCUCAUUGUGGUAUGUCGACUCUUAUCGGCCUCUCUAUCCGUGUUCGACUGUUACGAAGUCUACCCAAUCGGUUCAAGGUCGAUAUAUUCGUCCAACCUGGGUCUCAUCAAAGCGAGCAUGCAGUCAAUAAACAGCUCAACGACAAAGAGAGGGUUGCAGCAGCUCUUGAAAAUCUAGCUCUGGUGAAAACCCUGGAGGACUGUCUUGAUACUUCUUAGUUCAGCCACCGCAAGCUGUAUCCUAUGGGUUUGUACCAGUGCACCCGACCUCGAGGGUUCUAAGGAGACAAGGGCUACUUCAUUCUUCAUUGCGACUACUGUACCCGAACCGACGUGAUUGGGACAGGCCCAAAGUCAAUCAUUUACUCUCAGGCUUAAGCUUGUAUUCAGCUGCAGAUAAUAAACACAAUGGCAGGCUUCAU